AUGCCCCAUGAACCCGCCCCCUCUCCUCCACGUCUAGUCCCCGGCGAGGGCACCAUCCAUCUCUCCCCCUCCCACUCCCACCCCCGCUUCGCCUCCCUCCAGGCAGCCUAUCCUCUCAAGCUCCUGUGUCCCACCCCUCUCCCUUCCCAGCCCUCCAAUCUCGCCACUCUCUAUACCCUCGCUUAUGGCGGAGGGCUAGUGGCAGGAGAUGUCGUCAGCUUGAGGACCAAAAUUGAUGAGGGGUGUGGGCUGGUGAUGUUGACGCAAGGGUCAACUAAAGUGUUCAAGAGACGUCCGGGACUGCGACCCUUGUCUCACGCGCACAUAUCAUCGUCCCCUGCCUCCGACCCCAGUCUCACGAGGCAGCGGAUGCACAUCACCUUGGCCCCGGGUUCUUUCGUCCUACUCCUCCCCGACUCUAUCUCCCCAUUUCGCUCAUCCAUCUACUCCCAAGCCCAGCGCUUCCUCCUGCCCCCCGACGGCUCUGCUUCCGCCCUGAUCCUAGAUUGGGUCAAUUCGGGACGUGGCCAGCGGCCUGAUCUGGGGGAUGAAGAGAUCUGGAGUAUGGACAUGUAUGCGUCCACCAAUGAAGUGGUUGUGGGCGACAAAUUGGUGAUGCGGGAGAGGAUGGUGCUUGAGAACCCUCCUGCUACAAAUUCGCCGAAGCUGUCUCCUAUCGCCAAGCAGCUCUCCCCAUACAACAUAUACGCUACCCUCCUAAUUAUAGGCCCCCACUUUGCCGACUUGAUCAAAUAUAUCAAAUCGUACGGGGAUCGGAUGCGGCAAUUCCAGCUGACCACUCCGCCGGGGCUGGUAUGGAGCUUCAGCGAGGUCGAUGAGAAGCUCCGUGCGGGGGUCGUGCGGGUGGCGGCGAGAGAAACAGAGGAGGUGAGGAGGUGGCUAAGAGCUGUGAUGCUCGGGGGCGGGGUGAAGGACCUGGUGGGUGAUGGACUUUGGCCAAGAUGCAUCUAG